UGAAGAUUGUCCCUAUCAUCUGAUCUCCUCUGUUGGCCCCACACUUCGCCCCCCUGCCUCCACGCGUCAUCAUUCCAUGCGUUGCCAAGUAACCUUUCCAAAAUAGACAACCAAAAAAAUUAAUUUUAAAAAAAAUAUUCCCCAAAAAAAAGCGGCACGAAAUCCAGAAGAAAGUUGAAGGACAACGAUAAGCGCAGCUUCGCCAACUCUCUUAUCUCUCUCUCUCUCUCUCUCUCGCUUCCCCUCUCUCAGCUGAAGAAGGUCUCUGAAUUAGGUUUACACAUAGUACAUCUCCAUAAUUAAAUCUGAUGUGAAGGAGCAGUACACAAUUUAAUGUUUGGAAUUUUACCCAGUUAUUAUUGUAAGCAGUGCCCCACUUUCUAGCGCGAGUAUUGCCUCUGUGUGAAACCUUGAAAAAUGUCUAGUGGUGAGGUCAGAAGGGUAUCGCGACAAGAUAUACAGUUGGUGCAGAAUCUUAUAGAACGAUGUCUUCAACUUUACAUGAACCAAAAAGAAGUUGUUGCAACCCUAUUGGAUCAGGCGAAAAUAGAACCUGGUUUUACUGAACUUGUUUGGCAAAAGCUUGAAGAAGAAAAUCAAGAAUUUUUCAAAGCAUAUCGUUUGAGAUUGAUGGUGAAGCAACAAAUAAUUGUUUUCAACAAGCUGCUAGAGAAACAGGUGGAGCUGAUGCAUCAGAUAUGCCCCACUGGAGUUGCUUCCAUGUCUCUAACUAAUGGAUCUCAUAUUCCACAAACAGUGCAUCAGAGCUCAGCAUGCUAUGCCCCAGGGCAUACAGGACCUCCUCUGAAGCCAGAGAACAUGCACGACCCAAUUGGUUCCAGUUUACCUAAUGCAUUCACGAAUGGUGGGUCAUCAUUGCACACAAGCAUGCAUGCUUCUGUUGAUAUGUCUGCUCCUGCCAGGAUAGAUGUCCCACCAGACCUGCUAUCAACUCAGAGCUCAAACAUGGGAAUGAUGCAGGGAAUAAAUGGGGUUAUGAUCAAAUCAGAAACUGGCUAUGCAGGCAGUUCUCCAUUCAUGUUUGGUGCCGAUGGCAAUGUCCUGGAAACACGUCCAGCAAUUGGGGAUGGAUCUGUGGCAUCUUUCAGCAGUGUAGAGUCCAGCUCACAGCCUCUGAAUGAACCGCUACUGGAUGCAGACACUUCAUCAUUUGGAUUUUUAGGGCAGAUCCCUCGAAAUUUCAGUCUCUCAGAUUUGACGGCUGACUUCUCCCAGAGUUCAGAUAUACUGGAGAGCUACUCGAGAUCACCCUUCCUAGCUUCAGAUACAGACAACUUCCUGGAUUCCCGUGAAAGGGGAGAACAUCAAGGAGACAGUAAAAGGUUGGACACUAUAUCUGAAGGCUUGAGUUAUGAAGAUUUUGGCAGUGAGUGAAUAAUCCCAAUGUAGCAAUGACAUCGGACUCUCUUCUGCAAGACCUGUCAAGCAGGAGUUUGUCAUAUCAUUUUGACGUUCGUGUCAAAACAACAAAAUUGAUGGUAAGGAUCGUAAAUUCAUCCAAAUAACAUUUAUUGUUAUCUUGUUGCAGGUUGAACCGUAUAUGCUCUAGGGAAAAAAAAAUUGUGUACAUAACAUUUUAGAGGUGGAUAGGGUUUGAAUUUGUGAACUCUCUGAAGGUGAAGGUAGGGAAGAUUCUUGGUGUUGGGAAAAGGAAAAGGUCAAAAAAUAAGUCGACAGCAACGGUAACUUGUGCCAUUGAGAAUCCAUGGAAACAUUCUGUGGGCGUCUUCUUGUAGAUGGAAUUGCAUGAAACAUUUUAAGGUUCAGUAGUGCGAUGUUGUCGUCAUGCGAUGAUGCUAAUUCUGAUGUCGCUGAUUAUGUUGAUGGACUUUUGACAUUUUCUUUUUCUUUUUUGUCGUGGGUUUGUUUAUUAGAGUGAGAUAUUGUAAAUAUAUAUAAUAAACUAAAACCACCUUUGGGUGUAGGUGGCAGUUUAAAUCA